UGCUUUCUUCUUGCAGACCUGCUGCUCAGAGAAAUAAGAAAUGGCGUCGACAGCACACUUUUCAGAGGAGGAGAUGGCAGAGCUACAAGAGGCUUUCGGCAAAGUCGAUAUCAGCGGGAAUGGCUUCAUCCACGCCAAUGAUUUAACAGACGUGUUGAGGGCAGCCAAUCUCCCUCUCCCAGGAUAUAAAGCCAGAGAACUAAUUCAGAAUUUGACAACCACGGGGGAUGGCAGGAUCAGUUUUGAUGAAUUUAUUUCAAUUUUCCAAAACCUGAAGAGUGAUGAUGUUGCUAAGUCGUUCCGAAAACAAAUCAACAAAAAGGAGGGGAUCUGUGCUAUCGGUGGGACGUCCGAGCAGUCCAGUGCCGGCACACAACACUCUUACUCAGAGGAAGAAAAGUAUGCCUUUGUCAACUGGAUUAAUAAAGCCCUUGAGAAGGACCCUGACUGUAAACACGUGGUCCCAAUGAAUCCAGAAACAGAUGACCUCUUCCAGGCGGUCGGCGAUGGCAUAGUGCUUUGUAAGAUGAUCAACUUUUCAGUGCCAGAUACCAUUGAUGAGAGAACAAUCAACAAAAAGAAACUCACGCCCUUCACAAUACAGGAAAAUCUGAACCUGGCCCUGAACUCUGCUUCAGCCAUUGGGUGCCAUGUUGUUAACAUUGGAGCUGAAGACUUAAAAGAAGGGAAACCUUACCUGGUUUUGGGUCUUUUAUGGCAAGUCAUCAAAAUUGGGCUCUUUGCCGACAUAGAGAUCAGCAAAAACUUAGCCUUGAUUGCUCUUCUGAGAGAAGGAGAGAGCCUGGAGGAUCUGAUGAAGUUGUCUCCAGAGGAACUGCUGCUGAGGUGGGCAAACUAUCACCUGGAGAAUGCAGGAUGCAACAAAGUCAACAACUUCAGCUCAGACAUCAAGCAGCCUGACUUCUACAGCAUUAUAAAGGACUCAAGAGCUUAUUACCAUUUGCUGAACCAAGUUGCCCCCAAGGGAGAUGAAGAAGGCAUUCCGGCUAUUACUAUUGACAUGUCAGGAUUAAGGGAGAAGGAUGACGUCCAGCGAGCAGAGUGCAUGCUGCAGCAGGCAGAGCGGCUGGGCUGCCGGCAGUUCGUCACGGCCACCGACGUCGUCCGGGGGAACCCAAAGCUAAACUUGGCCUUCAUUGCCAACUUGUUCAACAAAUACCCUGCCCUGCAUAAGCCAGAGAACCAGGACAUCGACUGGAGCUCUAUUGAAGGUGAGACAAGGGAAGAGAGGACGUUCAGGAACUGGAUGAACUCCCUGGGUGUUAAUCCACGUGUAAAUCACUUAUAUAGUGACCUGUCAGAUGCCUUGGUUAUCUUCCAGCUGUAUGAAAAGAUCAAAGUGCCAGUAGAUUGGAACAGAGUGAACAAACCACCAUAUCCUAAACUGGGUGGCAAUAUGAAGAAGCUGGAAAACUGCAACUAUGCAGUGGAACUGGGAAAGAAUCAAGCCAAAUUUUCCCUUGUUGGCAUCGCUGGGCAAGAUCUGAAUGAAGGAAACCGUACGCUCACGCUGGCCUUAAUCUGGCAGUUGAUGAGAAGGUACACCCUGAAUAUCCUUGAAGACAUUGGUGGUGGAGAGAAGGUCAAUGAUGAAAUCAUUGUCAGCUGGGUCAAUGAAACACUGACUGCAGCCGGAAAGGAUUCAACCAUCUCCAGCUUCAAGGAUAGCAAAAUCAGCACCAGCAUGCCAGUCCUGGAUCUCAUUGAUGCCAUUCAACCAGGAUCAAUCAAAUAUGACCUCUUGAAAACAGAGGACCUGAAUGAUGAGGAGAAACUAAAUAAUGCUAAAUAUGCCAUCUCUAUGGCGAGAAAAAUUGGAGCAAGAGUCUAUGCCCUUCCAGAAGACCUGGUUGAAGUAAAACCCAAAAUGGUCAUGACAGUGUUUGCUUGCCUUAUGGGAAAAGGCAUGAAGAAAGUUUAAAGCACAAAAGACUUGUACUGAUGCCUGGUAUUCACCCUUUUGAUUCCCUCAAACUGGAUGCUCUUCUCCGUAUCAAGGAAAUAUGCAAGGUGCUCAUGCUUUUAAGGCAUGAAUGUUACACACGGUUCCAGAACAUACAAAAGUUGUGUAUCCACGUGUAUCUGGGAAAUGUUUUGUUUUGAACAGCAAUAUGUGCUUGAUUUCUUUGCCUUAUUUUCCACUUUGCUAGGUAUAACCAUUUCAUAUUCCUGACUAAGUUUUCAAUAAUGAGACCUAUACAUAUCCUUUUGUUAAUGGAUACCAGGGGUUUCUGUCUUGGGAGGUACAGACAGCUUUUAGGAUUAUGAAAUGUUAUAUACUGCUUCUG